GUAAAGAGAGAAACGCUUGCGCUUUGUUUUCAAUUGGUCUGCUUCUUCUUCUUCUUCUUCUCGUCGGUAGAAGAAAAAUGAUCUGUUCGGCGCAGCUCUCACAGCCAAUGAAUGGCCUCAAAGACAUCGUUGAGACACGAAAUUUUAAGGCAUGGCUCUUAGAUCAGUAUGGAGUCCUUCAUGAUGGCAAAAAGCCGUACCCGGGUGCAAUAUCGACAAUAAAAAACCUUGCAACAGCGGGUGCCAGAAUCGUGGUUAUUAGUAAUUCUUCUAGACGUGCUUCUACUACAAUCGAUAAGUUGAAAGGCCUUGGCUUUGAUCCGUCUUUCUUCACCGGGGCUAUAACAAGUGGUGAACUAACCCAUCUGUCUUUGCAAAGGAGAGAUGAUCCUUGGUUUGCUGCACUAGGCAGGAGUUGCAUUCACAUGACUUGGAAUGACCGAGGAGCAAUUUCUUUAGAGGGUCUAGGUUUAAAUGUUGUGGAGAAUGUGGACGAAGCUGACUUUGUUUUAGCGCACGGCACGGAGGCCUUAGGACUUCCUUCAGGCGGUGUAUCUCCAAUGCCUCUCGACGAACUUGAGAAGAUUUUGGAGAAAUCUGCAGCUCGAGGACUCCCCAUGAUCGUUGCUAAUCCAGAUUAUGUGACUGUUGAAGCAAAUGUUUUUCAUAUCAUGCCAGGUACACUAGCUUCCAAGUAUGAAGAACUUGGGGGAGAAGUGAAGUGGAUGGGCAAACCUUAUAAGAUGAUCUAUGAGUCAGCUAUGGCAAUCGCAGGAGUUGUCAAUCCAUCUGAGGCUAUAGCAGUAGGAGAUUCACUACAUCAUGAUAUAAAAGGAGCAAAUAUUUCAGGAAUUGAAUCAAUUUUCAUCACUGGAGGGAUUCAUGGUAAUGAGCUUGGUCUCACUUCGUUUGAUGAAAUUGCAAAUCUAGACUCAGUCAAGACCCUUACGGCUAAACACAAUGCAUUCCCAUCUUAUGUACUAUCAGCCUUUAAAUGGUAGUUUUCAUAUACAGCUCAUAUUAUUGAUUUUUGAUCACA